AUGGGCUCCCUUGCUGCAGCAAACGCAGAAUUUUGCUUCAAUCUCUUCAGAGAGAUGGAUAGCAAUCACAGUAAUGGAAACGUUUUCUUCUCCUCUCUGAGCCUCUUCACAGCACUGGCACUGGUCCGUCUGGGCGCCCGAGGGGACUGUGCUGCUCAGAUUGACCAGAUGCUUCAUUUCCACAGCUCCUCAGGACACAGGAACUCCUCCACCAGUCAGCCAGGACUCCAAUCUCAACUGAAAAGAGUUCUUGCUGAUAUAAAUGCAUCGCACAAGGAUUAUGAACUAAGCAUCGUCAAUGGUGUUUUUGCAGAAAAAGUGUUUGAUAUUCAUAGGAAUUACAUGGAGUGUGCCAAAAAACUGUACAAUGCCAAAGUGGAACGAGUAGACUUUACAAAUGAUAUAGAAGAUACCAGAUAUAAAAUUAAUAAAUGGAUUGAAAAUGAGACAAAUGGCAAAAUCAAGAGUGUGUUUUCUGAUGGUAGCAUAAGCUCAUCCGCCGUCAUGGUGCUUGUGAAUGCCGUGUACUUCAAAGGCAAGUGGGAAUCCGCCUUCACCAAGAGGGAAACACUCCAUUGCCGUUUCAGAUCUCCCACGUGUUGGGGGAAAUCAGUGGCCAUGAUGCAUCAAGAGCGGCGGUUCAACCUAUCUUCCAUUCAGUACCCACCCAUGCAGGUUCUUGAGCUCAGAUACCAUGGGGGCAUAAGCAUGUACAUUUUGCUGCCUCAGAGUGACCUGUCACAAAUUGAAAACAACCUAUCCUUUCGGAAUCUAAUGGAGUGGACCAAUCCAAAAAGAAUGAAAUCUCAGUAUGUUGAGGUGUUUCUGCCGCAGUUCAAAAUAGAGAAGGAUUAUGAAAUCAAAGAACACCUGAGAGCCCUGGGGCUGAAUGACAUCUUUGAUGAAUCAAGAGCUGACCUCUCCGGGAUAGCCUCCGGAGGCCGCCUCUACAUAUCGAAGCUGAUGCAUAAAUCGUUCAUAGAGGUUUCCGAGGAGGGCACCGAGGCUACGGCCGCCACGGGAAACGACAUCGUUGAGAAGCAGCUCCCCGACUCCACAGUGUUUAGAGCUGAUCACCCAUUCCUGUUUGUUAUCCGGAAGGAUGACAUCAUCUUAUUUAGUGGCAAAGUCUCUUGCCCUUGA